AUGCUGGCUGCUCCGAUUAAUCCUGCAGAUAUUAACAUGUUGCAGGGAAAUUAUGGAAUUCUGCCCUGCUUACCCGCCAUAGGUGGCAAUGAAGGUGUUGGGGAAGUAAUAAAAGUUGGUUGUCAGGUUCAUGGUAUCCAACCAGGUGAAUGGGUUAUUCCAAUCAAGUGUUGCUUUGGAACAUGGAGAACUGAUGCAGUUUGUAAGUCGGAUGAAGUGAUUCCUAUAGCUAAAACAAUCUCUAUCCUCAGCGCUGCUACUCUCAGUGUUAACCCUUGCACUGCCUACCGAAUGCUCACGGACUUUGUUACUUUGAGGGCUGGCGACACUGUCAUUCAAAAUGGUGCAAAUAGUGCUGUGGGACAGGCUGUUAUUCAGAUCUGUGCAUCAAUGGGAGUAAAAACCAUUAAUGUAAUUAGAGACAGGCCAAACGUUAAUGUACUGAUAGAAAAGCUUGAGUUCCUUGGAGCCAACUAUGUUAUUACAGAGGAGAUGCUGGAUAAACCAGAAAUGGCAAAUCUGUUCAAGGUGGUUGAAAGACCUAAAUUAGCUCUGAACUGUGUAGGUGGAAGCAGUGCUGGAAAGCUUUUCACCCAUCUUAAGGAUGGCAGCACUAUGGUUAUGUAUGGUGGAAUGUCAAGGAAGCCAACACCUUUACCUGCUAAAACAUUCAUAUUUAAAAACAUUAAAAUAUGUGGCUUUUGGAUGACAGAGUGGAAAAGAAACCACAUGCAUGAUCUAACAAAACUUACUACAAUGGUGUCAGACUUAUCGGACAUGGUAAGAAGAGGACAGUUAUUGGAACCCAUCUGCACGCAAGUUCCAUUUCAUGACUACAAAGAAGCACUACUAGCUAGCAUGGAUACUUACAGCAUCAAGCAUGUACUAAUUAUGAAAUAAUAGAGAAUUGUCCUAAGAUUUGAAAUAAAAAAAAGGUAACCCCUGUACUAUAUAUCUGCUCAGGUCAGUCAGUUGACUCUUCAGGUCUGGGUUUGAGCUUCAGAUAUUGCAUCGCUGCUCAAGUGUGCAAUGGGACGGUCAAUAUAUGUAAAAUAUGUUAAACUCCAAUGUGUUUUAGAAGUUCAAAAUAAAUAUACUUAUUGUCUAUAC